CGCCUUCUUUCGCUGCUUAGACUCAGCUCUCGAUUGGUUAGCCUGCAAGGGGGAGAGACGCAACAUGGCGGAGAAAAUGUCUGGCGGCUCGCACAGAGCGGGAUCGAAGCAACCUCUCAUGGAAAGUAAACUGAAAGCUUUCAGCAUUGGCAAGAUGGCUCCCGCAAAGAGGACAUUAAGCAAGAAAGAACAGGAGGAGCUCAAGAAAAAGGAAGAUGAAAAGGCUGCGGCAGAGAUUUAUGAAGAGUUUUUAGCUGCUUUUGAAGGAAGUGAUGCCAGCAAAGUUAAAACAUUUGUGAGGGGAGGAAUUGUCAAUGCCACAAAAGAUGAGCAUGAGACAGAUGAAAAGAAAGGCAAGCUGUAUAAACCAUCUUCACGAUUCUCUGAGGCAAAACCACAGCUGCCACCUAUUGAGCGACCACCUCCUCCAGUAAUACCCAUGGAACCGAAGAAACCCGUAAGAACAAAUGAUGAUCUCUUCAUUUCGCCUUUAAAGAAAGGGGAGAAAGAAAAGAAGAAAAGUAAUUUGGAGCUUUUUAAAGAAGAACUCAAACAGAUUCAAGAAGAGAGAGAUGAGCGACACAAAACAAAGGGUAGAACAAGCAGAUUUGAACCUCCGCAAGUAGAUGCUGAUGGACAGCGAAGGCCAGCGGAUCAACAAUCAAGAAGAAACCGAUCCUCUGGUGCUCUUGAUGACUAUGCUCCUGGAUCACAUGAUGUGGGUGAUCCAAGUACAACUAAUCUUUAUCUUGGGAACAUCAACCCUCAGAUGAACGAGGAGAUGUUGUGUCAUGAAUUUGGAAAGUUUGGGCCAUUGGCUAGUGUUAAAAUCAUGUGGCCACGGACAGAUGAGGAGAGAGCACGGGAGAGGAACUGUGGCUUUGUUGCCUUUAUGAAUAGGCGUGAUGCAGAGAGAGCAUUGAAAAACUUGAAUGGAAAAAUGGUUAUGUCUUUUGAAAUGAAGCUGGGUUGGGGAAAAGCUGUGCCUAUCCCUCCACACCCUAUAUAUAUCCCCCCAUCAAUGAUGGAGCACACUUUACCACCGCCUCCAUCUGGUCUGCCUUUUAACGCCCAGCCGAGAGAGCGCCUCAAGAACCCCAAUUCUCCUAUGUUACCACCACCCAAAAAUAAGGAGGAGUUUGAGAAGACUCUGUCGCAAGCCAUAGUCAAAGUGGUUAUCCCAACAGAAAGGAAUUUACUCGCUCUGAUUCAUCGCAUGAUCGAAUUUGUGGUGCGUGAAGGCCCAAUGUUUGAAGCUAUGAUCAUGAACCGAGAAAUCAACAAUCCUAUGUUCAGGUUCUUGUUUGAAAACCAGACCCCUGCCCAUGUGUAUUACAGAUGGAAGCUUUACUCAAUACUACAGGGAGAUUCUCCUACAAAAUGGAGGACAGAAGAUUUCCGAAUGUUUAAAAAUGGUUCUUUCUGGAGACCACCACCAUUAAAUCCUUAUCUGCACGGAAUGGCUGAAGAACAGGAACCUGAGCCUUUUAUUGAAGAGCCCAUCAAAAAGGGAUCCCUUAAAGAAGAACAAAGAGACAAAUUAGAGGAGGUGUUGCGAGGAUUAACGCCACGGAAAAAUGACAUUGGUGAUGCCAUGAUGUUCUGUCUUAACCAUGCCGAAGCAGCAGAAGAGAUUGUAGACUGUAUAGCGGAGUCUUUGUCUAUCUUGAAAACCCCUCUCCCUAAAAAGAUUGCCAGACUUUACCUGGUGUCCGAUGUCUUGUUUAACUCAUCUGCUAAAGUUGCCAAUGCAUCAUACUACAGAAAAUUCUUUGAAAAUAAAUUAUGCCAAGUCUUUGCUGAUCUGAACGCUGCCUACAGAGCCAUACAAGGACAUUUGCAGUCAGAAAAUUUUAAGCAACGUGUUAUGGCCUGCUUCCGGGCCUGGGAAGACUGGACUAUUUAUCCUGAACCCUUUUUAAUCAAGCUGCAAAAUGUUUUCCUUGGUCUUGUAAAUAUUGAUGAGAAGGAAAUUGAGGAGGUAAUAGAUGAUUUGGAUGGUGCUCAUGAAGAAGAAUUGGAUGGGGCUCCACUGGAAGAUGUGGAUGGAAUACCACUUGAUAUUAUAGCUCCACUUGACGACUUGGAUGGCGUACCUAUAAAAGCUCUUGAUGAUGAUCUGGAUGGAAUUCCACUGGACAUUUCUGAAGAUUCUAAAAAGAAUGAGCCCAUUUUUAAAGUGGCACCAUCUAAAUGGGAGGCUGUAGAUGAAGCGGAGCUGGAGUCACAAGCGGUCACCACAUCCAAGUGGGAAUUGUUUGACCAGCAUGAAGAGUCUGAUGAGGAAGAAAAUCAAAAUCAAGAGGAGGAGAGUGAUGAUGAAGAGGAUACACAGAGUUCCUAAAUCGGAGGACCAGUACUACUCAACCCAAUUAGAGAUGAUAUGUCAGAUUCUAAAUCAUUUAAAUAUUCUGAAAUGAGUGAAGAAAAACGUGCCAAACUUAGAGAAAUUGAGCUCAAAGUAAUGAAGUUUCAAGAUGAAAUUGAAUCUGGAAAAAGGCGAAGAAGUCCAGGACAGAAUAUUCAGGAACAAGUUGAACACUAUCGAGACAAGCUUCUGCAAAGGGGAAAAGAGAUGGAGAGGGAAAGAGACAGAGAUAAGAAAGAUAAGGAAAAGUUUGAAUAUCGAACAAAAGACAAAAAAGACAAAGACGAGUCCACACCAACAAGAAAAGAGAGGAAAAAAACGUCACAGUGGUUCCCCAGUCCAUCACGCAGUAUCAGUAGUAAGCGAGGCAAAUCUCCUUCACCAAAAUCAGAACGAUCUGAGAGGUCACACAAGGAUGGCUCCAGAUCACGAUCCACUCAUAAAGACUCUCCCAGAGAUGCCACUAAGAAGUCCAAAAGGUCACCAUCUGGAUCUCGAACGCCUAAAAGAUCUCGACGGUCACGAUCAAGAUCCCCUAAAAAAUCUAUGAAAAAGUCCAGAUCCCAGUCCCGAUCCCCACACAGAUCUCACAAAAAGUCAAAGAAAAGCAAACACUGACAGGACUUCUUACCACCACCUUUUUUUUUUUUAUGAAGAUGUCAUUUAAAUUGCUUUUUUUUUUUUUCUUUGUGCCUGAGACAUUUGAGAGGGAAAAAAACCCGGAAAAAAAAACAGUAAAAAAUAUCAAAAACCCAAUAAGGCAGCAUUCCUACAUUUUCUGUGAAUGCAUGUAAGUAACUGCAUCUGUAGAACUUGUCACUGUUUUAUAUUGUACAAAGAAAGCCCUGUCCACCGUGACUAUGUAUUUCCACCAAAUGAACUGUUCGUGCUAGGAAUUUCUCCACCACUGUCUGUAUAUGAUCUGCUGGCGGUAGUAAACAUAAUUUUUUUUUCUCUGCCUCCCCUAUCAUUGUUUGUUUUUAAAAUGUGAACUUGUUUCCUUGCCCUCAUUUUUGUAGCUUUGCAGAAUUUGCGUUAGGUUUCAAAUAAAAUCUAAAAUGAUUAUUAUCUUGCUUGGGCCUUUGCUCAGAGGAAAAGAUGCUUCUGCUGGCAAUCAGUGUGAGCUAUUUGGAUCUGAGUGUAGAAAUUGUGAUUUAAUGUUGUAUACUAUUUAAUUUUUUUCAAAGUCUAGGAAAUGAAUGGCGGCUUUACAUUGAAUAUGUGCUUACAUGCAGCUGCUUGGCGGGCUUUCAGCCCUAUCAUGGCAAGUAUGCUUAAAGCAUGGUCAUAAAGUCAAAUUAUUUUUCCA